GUGAUUUGAAUAAUAAUAGUAUAAAAGUAGAUUAUUAUUUGGAAACAGAAGCUGUGAAAAUUUGGCUUAGGAACUGAUUGUGAACAAGAGAAAUAUUGAACUAACUCAUCAUGUGUCUGUUUUCAAUUGCAAAGUACUUAUUGUUUGCCUUCAAUUUUAUAUUAUGGGCGGCCGGAGCGGCUGUACUUGGAAUCGGUAUAUAUUUGGCUGUCGGUGAUGGAUCUUCUGCCGUUGUUGAGAUAGGCGGAGUGAACUUCUACGCAAGCGGAUCCUACAUACUGAUCGCCGCCGGUUCAUUUGCCCUGAUUAUCGGAUUCCUAGGUUGUUGUGGGGCUAUGAAAGAAAGCACAUGCUUGCUAGGAUUGUAUUUCACCUGCCUUCUCGUUAUAUUCAUCUUGGAAGUGGGAGUUGGAAUCUGGGCAUUGGUCAACUAUGACACGGUAGACGAGUUGAUCUCUGAAAGUAUUUAUUCAUACGAUCUCGAUCCAGUUUCGGCAGAGAGUGGAGGAAACUCAGCGUUCAUAAGCAUGGAAAAACAGUUUCAAUGCUGCGGGAAAAAUAACUCCUGCAAUGACUGGUACGCUGUCAAAGCAACUGAACCAUAUGGAUGUGAUUGCAAAGAGGGCGACAAAAAUUGUGAGCCGAUAAGUGCGAAUUCGAAGUGCAGUGUUCCAACUACGAAUCCCACGAAUUACGCCUAUGUCUAUAGCGAGGACUGCACAACAGCCAUGACAGUAUUUGUACAAGAUAAUCUGACACUGAUCGCAGGGAUUGGAUUGGGAAUCGGAUUGGCAGAGAUAUUCGGAAUGAUCUUUGCAAUGUGUUUAUGUGGAGCCAUAAAAGACAAGAGACAAGUUACUCCUUAAAAUUAAUAGUAAAUUUGGGCAUGUGCGGGACAUGAUAAAGCAACGCCCUUUGGGCGAGAUUUAUUGAUGACCCGCGCGACCCCAAAUAUACUAAAAAUGUUGCCAAUUUUCGAAGAAACGAUAUGAAAUUCCAUGCAAAUGACGUUUUUUUAUCAUUUUAGAUUUUCUAAUUACUUUCUAUAUUUACCUAACCUAACUAUCUUAACUGUCUUAAUUUAUCAAACACUUUUGCUCAUUAAUAACUAAAUUCUCAACA